UACCAUCUCGUCUUAGCGUUCGCCAUACACCGUAGUAUCGCCGUCCCUCUGUUUCUUGUGUGUCGUGUGUUUUUCGAAUGCAUUCAGUGCUUCAAAGGACUCGACGACGAAGACUUGGCCAAAGAUAAUUUGCGAGUGGAAACGUUCGCGACGUGUAGGUGUCUGCUGUGACCGAACGAAAAACGAGAAAAUGAGGGCGAAUCUCCGUGGCAGUGGCAUUUAACGGACGACUCGGUGCGGAAAAAUGCAUAGCGAGUGGCAGAAGGGUGAACUAGUGUGGUUCGACCCAGGAGUCGGCCAUGUGCUGCCCGGAGAGGUGUUGGAGUAUCACAGGGCGGCGAACGUACUGUCGGUGCAGGCGGUCAUCGCCGGCAAGCCACAAAUAUUUACGCUUACGAAUCUGAGCGGCGUGAAGCCGAGGCAGGACUUGGGUCAGAAUGGCGUGGAGGACAUGAUUCAACUAGACGAUCUGAGCGAGGCAUCUCUGCUAUGGAAUCUCAAAAUUCGCUACGACAAAGAGCUCAUUUACACGUAUACCGGAAGCAUCCUAGUCGCCGUAAAUCCUUACAAAAUGUUCGAUAUUUACGGCAUAGACCAAGUGAAGCUCUACGAGGGAAGGAUACUGGGGACUCUACCACCGCAUCUGUUCGCGGUGGGCUCCUCGGCCUACAGCCAAGUGAGCGCGGCAAACAACGCGAGCGCCAACCAGGUGGUGGUGAUCUCGGGGGAAUCCGGAUCGGGCAAGACCGAGUCGACGAAGCUGGUGAUGCAGUACCUCGCGGCGGUGAACCGGGCGCCGAGCAACCUCGUGACCGAGCAAAUCCUGGAAGCCGCCCCGCUGCUGGAAAGCUUCGGCAACGCGAAGACGCCGCGGAACGACAACAGCAGUCGCUUCGGAAAGUACCUCGAGGUCUUCUUCCGAGACGGCGUCAUCGUCGGUGGAAGAGUCACCCAAUAUCUGCUGGAGAAGAGCCGGAUCGUGACUCAGGCGCAGGACGAGCGAAAUUACCACGUGUUUUACGAGCUGCUGUCGGGACUGGACCAGCAGCUUCGCGAUAAAUACGGGCUCCUCACUCCGGACAAAUAUUUUUACCUGAAUCAAGGCGGCAGCUGCGAAAUAGACGGCAAAAACGACACGCAAGACUUCAAGGCGCUCCUAUCGGCAAUGCAGGUCUUGGGUUUCACGUCCGAGGAGCAGGACACGAUAUUCAAGAUUCUAGCCAGCGUGCUGCACCUCGGCAACGUAUACUUCCAUCGCAAGCAGAUGAGACACGGACAGGAGGGCGUGGAAGUGGGCUCCGACGCCGAGAUACGCUGGGCUGCUCAUCUGCUGCAAAUUAGCUCGGACGGUAUCAUCAGAGCCCUCACGACCAAGACCACGGAAGCGAGAAAUGAGCGCGUAUUGACGGCUUUGAACAUCGACCAGGCACUGGACGCGCGCGACGCGUUUGCCAAAGCGCUUUACAGCUCUUUGUUCUCGUGGCUGGUCGCACGCGUCAAUCACAUCGUUUACAAAGGCACCAAGCAAACCGCUGCCAUUUGCAUCCUCGACAUAUUCGGCUUCGAGAAUUUCACCGAAAACAGCUUCGAGCAGCUCUGCAUCAACUACGCCAAUGAGAACCUGCAGUUUUACUUCAACAAGCACAUAUUCAAGCUCGAGCAGCAGGAGUACGCCAAGGAAAAGAUCGACUGGACUACUAUCAGUUACACCGACAACUUGCCAAUCAUACAUUUGAUUGCCAAGAAACCGGUGGGUAUCUUGCAUCUGCUCGAUGACGAGAGUAACUUCCCGAAAGCCACAGACUUGUCUUUCCUUGAGAAAUGCCAUUAUAACCACGCACUCAGCGAAUUGUAUUCGAGACCGCGAAUGAAUUCCGCUGAAUUUGCCAUCAGACACUACGCAGGACAAGUUUGGUACAACGUUGAUGGGUUCCUGGAUAAGAACCGGGACACUCUCAGGCCGGAUGUGGUCGAACUGCUCAUUAGCAGCAAAAUAAAUAUGGUCAGCAAAAUGUUCCAACACGUGAGAAAUGCGCACGAGGCUAAUAAAACGAUCAACAAGCCCAACGGUAGAUUCGUCACGAUGAAGCCAAGAACACCAACGGUAUCAGCUCGCUUCCACGACAGUUUGCAGCAACUUCUCGAAUCUAUGUCUCAAUGUAAUCCAUGGUUCGUUCGCUGCAUCAAGCCGAACAGCGAGAAAGCCCCAAUGAAGUUCGACAUGCCAUGUGUUUUGGAGCAACUGCGCUACACUGGUAUGCUAGAGACCAUUCGUAUUCGGAAGACUGGUUACCCGGUCAGACUGCCCUUCGCUCACUUUGUCGAUCGCUACCGCUAUCUCGUGCAACCGACGUGUUUGCCACGCGGAGCACCUAACAAGGAGCUGUGCCGUGUCAUAUUGGAGAAAGCUGCUCCCAAGGACGCUCAGUCGCAGUAUCAGCUAGGCUUAAGCAGAGUUUUCUUGAGAGAACCACUCGAGAGAACUUUGGAGUACAAUAGGGCACUGAUUUUGGAACGCGCUGCCGUUACUGUGCAAAGGUAUACCAGAGGAUUCCUCGCUCGCCGACGCUUUCUCAACAUCGCUCGUAGCACGAUCCUGCUGCAAGCUGUUUAUCGAGGCUACCGCGACAGAAAGAAAUACAAGGCUCUCAAGCAGGGCGUCAUAAUGGCUCAAAAGGUAUUCCGUGGCAAGAAGGAACGCGAGAAAUUCCGUAUACUCAAAGAAGAAAUGGCUAAACGCGCCGAGAUCGAGAGAGCAAGUAGAGAAAGGGCAAAGGCUAAGCAGCAGAGGGAGGAACAAGAGAGAGCUUCCAGAGCCGUUGCCGGAGUUAAUCAUCUAGAGAUACCAGCUGAGCUUGCGUUCAUCUACAGUAAAUUGGAUGAUUGGCAACCAACGCACACGGAAAGGAAUCUGCUGAAGGUCGUUGGUAGUGUCGUCCCUCUCCCAGUCAACUACUCGCUACCGUCUGAUAUCGAUCAGUAUCAGUUCUCCAAGUUCACCAACAUCUACUUCAAAAGCCACAUCUUCGCCAUGAAGCGCGAGCCGAUCAAGACGCCCUUCCUCGCCAAAUCCCGCGAUCAAGAUUACACGGACUCGUUGAUGAUCUUCAAGCUAAUCCUGCGCUUCAUGAACGAGAGCAAUCUCAGCGGCAAGAGAGAGCAGGCUCUCGGCGAUUACAUUGUCAACAAGGGUAUCGUCAACGAGAAGCUGCGCGACGAGAUACUCUGUCAGCUGGCCAAUCAGACGUGGAAGAAUGAAAACGACGCAAAUAAGGAGCGAGGAUGGCUAUUGCUGUCCAACUGCCUGUCAGCUUUCCGUCCGACUCGUACGCUCUACAAGUAUCUGCUCAAGUAUGUGUCGGAUCACGCAUACGACGGCUACAAGGCUUACUGCCAGCGCAAACUUCUCCAAGGUGAGAGGGUUCUGCUGAAGGCCUUGGCCAUCAGUCAAACGCCGGUUCAACAAGUGCCAAGAAACUAUCCACCUUCGGUGCUCGAGUGGCGAGCCAACCGCAACCGCGUCAACAUGGCCCUCACUGUUGCAUUCUACGAUGGCGAGACGACAACUUGCGCCGUGGACUCGUGGACGACGUGCGAGGAAUUGGCUAACCUCGCGGUGCAGAAUCACGGAGUGGAGAACGGUGGUUGGACCAUUAGUCUGUGGAACCAGCUGGAGGGCGCGGAUGCGAUCGUCACGGAGACCAACGGCUUCGAUUACGUCCUUGACCUCGUCUCCGAGAUGGAGCUAGCUCCGGCGUUCCCGGCCGCCAAGCACAUGUUCCUGGAACAACGCAAGAACAGCUUUCCGCCUAUCAAGAAGCGAGAGCACGCGCAGGUGAUCCGCGACCUAGAGCAGGAGGUGUUGCAGCAACAGCAGACAACACCGACGCUGCAAGAGGUGCCGAUACUCAAAACAUUCCAGCCACUCGAGAGGAAGACACCGAAGCAGUCGCCGCCGCAACCACUCACACUUCUACCGGACAAGCCUGUCGAGCCGGAAAUACAAUCGCCAAGGAGGCCCGGCGUACCGCCGCCCCAGCCGCCACUCACCAAAGUACCGAUGCGCAAGCAAUCCCAUGAAGCCGUCCUGGAAUCCUCGGCCGAAAUGGGCCUGUCUCGCAAGUCAGCUCUAAACGACCGCUACUUUGAAAAAGAAAAGCAGCGUAGCCGCAGUCUAGAUAAUCUUUUGCAAGCUGAAAUCAGUAAUCCGGGUGUGAGCCCUUCAUCAGUAAGCAAACUCGCCAAUCUUGGUCUGUCCUCGUCGAAAUUGAACGAGCGUUAUCACAGCCUCGAGCGUAUUGGCGAAGUAGCAGCGUCAGUCGGUAGCGUCGAAUACAUGUCUAGAUCGGAAGUGCAAGUUGUGCCCGAACGCAAGUACAGCAGGAUUACGAGAAGCUCUGAGCCUAAUAUUCUCGAAGAGGAAGAUCUGCCGAUUGACUUCGAGUACCCGGACAUUCAGUCGGUUAGCCAGACUGGCAGAUCCGAAGAUGACAAGAGCAGCUAUAUCAGGUCCCAGACGAGAUUUGUUAAGUCACAGUAUUCAGGUAAGAGAGCUCUUCCCGGCAGUCAAUCAAGUCGUGCUUAUAUCGAGAAGAGCGAGUAUGGCGUGAAAUCAUCAGCGAUGUCAGACACAAGCGAAGCGCCAUCAUUAGCUUCUCACGUGCGUCGCGUCCGAGUUCCAAGCCAAGCAUCCGAUGUUGACCAAUUCCUCGACGAAUUAUUUAUGCCGGUGCUCGAUGGAAAUCUCGACGAGCUAUCCGAUGCAAGGAGUCUCGCGGCUAGUAUCAAGGGAAUGCGAAAAGCUACCAACAUUCAACCACAGACUACCGAGGACUUUCUUGACUUGUUAAUCAAAGAUACUCCAGAAAACUCAACUGCCAUAACAGCCAAAGAGCUAGCGAUGAAAAUCAAAGGAGGCGGUAACAUGGACAUACCAAAUCAGAACGGUGGCUUCAACUACAGUCCCAUGAUGUCCUCGCCAAUGAUGAUGCCAAUUUUCGGCGGAUCGCAGCAAGUGCAAGCGCCUCAAAGCCCAACGAUCAACAUGGGUCCGGGAUUCGUACCAGUGCCAAUUUUCAAUAUGCAAGGACCAAGUAUACCGCAGUUCCCAAAUUCGCCCCCCAAUCAGAACGAUGAAAUCGCUACGUACCAGCAGAAUUUGCAACGGGCAUUCGUACAAAAUGCGAUGGCGCAGAAUUUUCAGAUUCAGCAGCAGCUUCUUGCUCAGAAUCAAGCUUUGCAACAGUUGUUGGUUCAAAAUCCUAACAGCUCGAGCCAAUCUGCGUCAUUCCAUGAAGACGGUGACAUGUGGGCACAAGAUAAACGCACUUCAACGCCAAAUACGUCAACAUCGGCAUCCACUGCACGUCAAGAUAUGGUGACCGUAAAAGCUCAAGUUCACCGUUCUCAAAGUCCACCCAAAAAAGGCGCUGAUCCAUCUAGAAAGUCAGCUGACUUUGGUGCUCGCAAAAUCAGUGCCGAGCGGAAAAUUGUAAACUCGACCGACGUCAAACGACCCAGCGUUAACAAGCCUAAUACUCAGAGCAACUUUACAAGCGUGCUAAGUGAACUGAAAAAUAGAAAGAGCAGCGUUGACGAUCCGUCGAAGGGCGUUCCACCUCCACCGCCGAUGCCACCGCCAGUCGCAUCGCACGAUCCUUCCGAGUCCCGGCCAUUCAUUGAUCCUUAUGGCCGCGCGAAGACUGUUCGCAUUGGAAAGUGGAGGUGGCCACCACCGAGCGAUUCUAACGAACCACAAAAUCAAGACAACUUCUUCGAGUUCAAGAUGCGUCAGCAACAUCAAAUGCGUAAAAUCACGCCUCAAUAUCAGGAAUACCAGAAUGACGCCGAGCCAAUGACCGAGGGUAGUGUCGAGUGGGCUGAGUUUGAAAUUGAAAAUAUCGUUAACAACGACGAGAGAGCCGUGAUCGUUCACGCGGCAGCCGGUGUCAUACGACCCGAAAACGGCUACAAGGAGGAAAACGACAAGAGGAAAAAGAAAAAAUCUGGCUUUGAAAUUGGCGCACAAAGACCAACGCCGGGCAGCAUCGGUAAACUAAAAUUAAGUUCGGAGAUGCGUCAGAGGCUGGAGAAGGUAACGGCUAAUCACAGUGUCAGAUCGACCAAAACUACGGAGAAACCUGCCCUUCUGCGCGACGACGGCAAGGUCAAGCGCCUUGAAGAUGGUAGAAAGCUGCUUCUCGAGCAACAAUUAGGCGGAAGGUGGGACGACUACGCCUCAACGGUCGACGACACGCAGAGCAUCACCUCCAAAGGCACUACCGACAUGAUGACGCAGGCCCAGGUCGUCAAGACGCAAAUCGAGCGCAUGGAGAGGCCGGUGCCACCGCCGCCGCCUAUCACGCCUCCACAGCCGCCGAGCCCCCGCGGUGGAAGUGUCUUCGCCAACAGCCUACCCGGAGUACCGCAACCGCGUUCGCCACCUGCGCCAGUGGAACCAAAGGCAUUCCGUGCUUCACCGGAUUCCGAAGCCUACGACGCAUUUGUCAAGAGUCAACGCGACAUGUUCAAUCAGAGUCGCGAUAUGUUCAACCAUGGAAAGGAUAUGACGGAUUUGGCAAGUUCGACUACUCGCGAUUUCAACUCCGACAUCUUUGCCGACACCAAGUACUCGCGCGAUCCAUUCGGUAUGGCACGCGACGUCUCGCCCAAGUCGAGGGACAGCUUUGGCAUGCCGUCAUCGAGGGAUAUCGGAGUGGUGGCCAACACCAGAGACUCGUUUGCGGUUGCGAGGCAGAGUUUCAAGAAAAUGGACGGUGAUCCCGAUCGCAGAUCUAGUGUAGCUUCCACUUUGGGAAUACCAAUAUUGUUACAGCGUACUGACAAAAUGGAACGCAUCGAGAUCGAGGAAUGGCCGGAAUUCUUGAAGCCGGUCAUGCCGCCAGCUGACAAGCCAGAAAUUGAAAAGGUUCAGGAGAUAGUCGACACAAAACUCUAUCCCCAGGCAUCGAACACCCAUUUCACGUACAAUCGAGUCACGUGGACGCUGCGUGUCAAGAAAGAAGUUUUCGCACCGAACGAAACCUUGACCACGCCACUUGCGCUGCACCUAGUAUUCUGUCAAGUCGCCUACGAUGUGCUUGCAACUUCGAACAUCCGAAUUUCGAAGGAGGAUCGACAAAACAUGCUCAAGAUGUUAGCUAACUAUGGGGUUACGUUGGAUAAUCUGCAGAGUACUCAACACAAAAUCACCAUCAAGAAGAAUGUCGUUGACAUGGCUAGACAGUGGCCCCUUUAUUUUGCCAGGAUAUUUCCAGUGUCGAUCGGCCCACAACAUCCAGACGUACAGCAUAUCGCAGUAUCGCACCACGGACUUCGUUUGGUAAAGCGUAGCAACAGCGGCGAAUUAGUGAUUUUGGAUACCCUGCCACUCGAAGAGGUCGUGUCUGCGAGCUGUCAGAGGGCCGGUGUCUGCACUCUCCAGGUGGCUUCCGGGGUGCGGCUGCCGUUACACACUAAUCGGGCUGCGCAGCUUGCCGAUAUGAUCAGCAAAUACGUGCGCAUGGUCGAACAAAAGCCGGUACACAAGAGCCACCACCAGGACAAUCAUGUCUCGCAAAUCAGCAAGUCGAUCGUCUCGCAAACGAACCACGCGCACUACGGCUCGCCAUCGUCCAGUCCCCAGCAUCACGAGCUACCCAACGGGAACGUCUCGCGGAAUGGCCACGUGGUCAAUGGAAUGCACUACCAAAAGAACGGCAAAUCACCCCAGCAGCAGAUUAUCGCUCAGGAAUGGCGACAGCAGGAUGAAACUAAUUCACGUUCGGAAGAUGCAAUGUACGAGGGCAGUAAUGGCCAGUCACCGGUGGUCAAUGAUGGAAAGCACUCGCUCUUGCAGUACGCUAUGCUCAACUUCCGCCAGAGCACCGACAAAUUCGAGAUGCUCAAGACAGCGGACGGCUCGAUAAGCGGCUCUCUCAAAGUCAUCGAGUCGCUAAAGAGUAAGAAGAAAGGCAAGAAGGGCAAGGACGGAGCGGAAUGGACGUGGAAAGAGCAAGUAGACCUGGUCAAGUUCUCGGCGGUGCCGAUCGAGCAAAGUUUGCUCAGGUUGGACAACGAACUGAGUGGACUGGCGGUCGAGUGCUUCCUAUGCCUGAUGCGCUACAUGGGCGAUCAGCCGUUGCCGCCCGACAUGAGCGAGGUCAAAUGCGUCUAUACCAUCCUCAUGCACUGCCACAAGUACGAGCAGCUGCGCGACGAGGUCUACUGUCAGCUGAUGAAGCAAACGACGAACAACAAGAGUCCGAAUCCCGACAGCUGUCAGCGGGGCUGGCGUCUGUUUAGCAUUGUGGCCGCGUACUUCACGUGCAGCGAAGGCCUGAGACCCUACCUCAACAAAUACCUGGAGACGGCGGCGUACGACAAGCGACGCGCCUAUCACGGCACGGCCACCGUUUGCCUGCAGAAUCUGCGCAAGACCGUGAAGUACGGCGGGCGGAAGAAUGUGCCCAGCGUCGAGGAAAUCAUGGCCAUCAGCGCCGGCAGAAAUGCCAAGAGGCAGAUUUAUAGGCUGCCCGGUGGCACCGAGAGGGUUAUCAAUACCAAGUGCACCACUGUCGUACAGGAUGUUAUCGAGGAGAUGUGCAACGUUAUAUCCGUACGAAACCCCCACGAGAUGGACGAGUUCUCGCUUUACUGCAUCGUCGACGGCGACGCCUUCACCAUGCCUCUGGCCAGGGACGAGUACGUUUUGGACGUGACGACGGAGCUGCACAAAAAUCAUCAGCUCUUCUACUUGAUAUUCUGCAGGUCGGUCUGGUACUACCCAUUGCGUCUGGAUGCAGCGCUCUACGUCGAAGUAGUUUUCAAUCAAAUAGCGCCUGAUUACCUGGAAGGCUUGCUGCUGGUUUUGCCCGGAGAGCAUUUGCCUCAGGAAGUCAUUUACGACAUGGCACAGAUCGCUGCACUGCUGCAUAGAGCGGCUGACGUGAAGAACGAAAGGGAAGAGCCGACGACCAAACGAAUAAAGUAUCUGCUGCCCAAGCCCGCGUUGAGCCUGCGAGAACCGCGACCACAACAGUGGGCCAACAUGGUGCAGCAAGCUUGGGCCAAUGUGCAGCUCACGUCCAUUGCCAAUUGCAAGGCGCAAGUACUUGAAAUACUCUCAAAGUGGCCACUGUUCGGCUCGAGCUUCUUCGCCGUGAAGAGAGUGCCCGAGGGCAAAGAGAAGGGCGGCGACCACAUCUUGGCAUUGAAUCGCCACGGAGUUCACUUUAUCGACCUGAUAACACACGAAACGCUCUACCACUAUCCAUACUCAGAGGUAAUCUCAACGCGCAAAGUAAAGUCCGAGGAGGGCACGCUCUACCUGGACAUGAAGUGCGGCAACCUGAUGCAGCAGCGCAUCACGAGGCUGCAAACCGAGCAAGCUCACGAAAUUUCCCGUCUGAUUCGCCAGUACAUUACGAUGGAGCAGAGGACUACUGGUAACCAGGGUGCGGCUCCAGUCAACGGCUACGGUCUCAGAUAAACUGAUAGUCUA